CCUUGCAUGAAUCUCCGCCAUUUACAUCAAACUUUGAACUGUUUUGGAAACGGGAAAAUAAUCAGUAUCAGAUACUAUUUUUCGGGUUGAUUUAUCCAGUCUGCCAGCACAAUGUUCAAGACGGCAUUACUCAUCCUUACACAACCAAUGAAUCAAAUUUGUCAGUGUAUACCGCUGUACAUGACUGAAAUCAACAAAUUAGCAUCAAAAACCGCAUAUAUACAUAUUCAGCCAAACACUUUGUCACAAACUGUAGAUCAAAACAGUGCUGAUGGAGAGGCUGGCUCAAAUUCAGCGGAACACUACUCCCAUUUCGAAAUGCUCAAAGUUCCUUUUUCCGUAGAGAUUAGAAAUCUUGUGAAAGAAUUUUAUGUAUCCAAUGCUAAUAUUUGUAGUAAUCUAGAUAUCAGGGUACUGGUUGGGCAUAUAGGAAAUGCAGAGAUGAAAUUCAAGAAAUACAAUUUUAAAGAUCCAUGUGAUAUAGUCUUGAUUGACAGAAAUAUACAAGAUGAUGAUAAAUCCGGUUUGCUGAAAUCAAUUAGUAGCACAUUUACUGUAAGUUCAUCAGGCAUUUGUCAACAUUUGGACAUUGCAGAGAGUGUUAGUACAGCAGGGACACCAAAAAGACAAAAACUAGAUGAUUCAACUUAUCAAGAGACAGAAGCAGCAGAACUUCUGAAACAGUAUCCACACACUGUGCUGGGUGGGACAUUUGACAGACUCCAUGUAGGUCACAAGAUUCUGUUAACCGAGGGCUGUAUGUUAGGAACUGACAAGCUGACAGUUGGGGUAACUGAUGGCAAAAUGAAUAACAAAAAGACACUGGUAGAACUAAUCCAACCCAUUGAGGAAAGAAUAUGUAUUGUGAAAGACUUUCUCAAUGAUGUGGAUCCGUCCAUGGAAUACAGCGUUGUCCCAAUCACUGACGGGUUUGGGCCGACAGUCACUGACCCGACCAUGGACUUGAUUGUGCUAAGCCAGGAAACAAAGAAAGGAGGAGAAAUGAUAAAUGAUGAAAGGAAAAAGAGGGAUAUGAAGAUACUGGAGGAGUACACUAUUGACCUAGUUGAAGACACAUGCCAUACACAGUAUGAGGAGAAUAAGAUCAGCUCGUCAUCAUACAGGAAAAGAUUACUAGGGACCUUGUACCAUCCUUUGAAGCCAAAAGAAGGUCUGCUCAGUACACCAUACAUUAUUGGGCUGACUGGUGGAAUUGCCAGUGGGAAAUCUUCAGUCUGUAAAAGAUUGGAAGGGCAAGGAGCCAAAAUUGUUGACUGUGAUAAAUUAGGUCAUAAAGCCUAUAUUAAAGGUACUCCAGGGUUUGACAAAGUUGUUGCAGCCUUUGGUCAGCAGGUUGUGGGAGAGGAUGGGGAAAUCAGCAGGAAGGAACUUGGAAAAAUUGUGUUUGGAAACAAGGAAGAACUGAAAAGACUGAAUGGUAUAGUGUGGCCAGAAAUUGCUCAGCUUGCUAAAGAACAAAUGCAAGAAUAUUCGAAAGAUGGACAUAAAGUCAUAGUGCUGGAUGCAGCUGUUUUGUUAGAGGCCGGCUGGGAUGAUAUGUGUCAUGAAGUUUGGACAACCAUUGUGCCGCAGGAUGAGGCUGUGAAAAGAAUGAUAGAAAGAAAUAAUUUAACAGAAGAACAAGCUAGACAGAGGCUGAACUCACAGAUAACCAACUUAGAGAGAGUGGAAAAAUCCAAUGUCAUACUGUGUACAUUAUGGGAGUAUGACUACACACAACAACAGGUUGAGCACGCUUGGCGUCUGCUGCUUGAAAGAAUUCCAUCCACCAUCUCAAAAUCCAAUCCAAAAUCAAACAUGUAAAUUACGUUCAUUAUUGUUUACUUGGAUUGGAUAUCUUAACUUGCAUUUGUGUUACAGUCUGUUAUGAUAUUUUAGCCAGUACUUAGAUAUAGAUAUUUUUAUAUGUAAUUCUACAGGACAGUAUGUGGUUAUUUAGCAGAAGCAUAAUUAUAUAAUUACUGUGAAAUCAUAAAUAUUCGUGGGGGAUUAAUUUUCGUGGAUUUCGUGGUUGAGUCAAUCCACGAAAUUUAAUCCCAACGAACAAUGUAUGAACAGUAUAAUGGUUUGCAGGCUUUACUGUGGCAGCACACAACAGUGUUUUAGCUAUACCGGUAUGUUGAAAAUGUGGUAGAAUUGACAUAUACUCAGAAAAUUGUUAUUUUACGUUGGAAAACAGUUUUACAAAUUUUAAGCAAGUUUUUUUUCUGGAAUAUGUAUAUCUCACUUCCUGACUUUACCAGGUUCGUAUAGAAGUACCUGAAAAUAUACCCUAGGAUGAUUUGUUAAUAGCACUUAUCACAAUCAACAAAUGCUGUAAAAUGUUCCUAUGCACUAGCAAAUAACAUUUAUUCCGAUGGUAUGAUACCAUUGAAAUAUAAUGAGGGUUGACGCACAAGAACGCGUAUAUUGAAAAGAAAGUAAACAGAAUCUGUUAUCAGAUUAUUUUUUAAAUAUGGUAAAAAAAAACCUGCUCACUUCUCGAGAUACGAACAUUUAUGAAAAUCAUGGUAAUGGCAGUUUCUUUUUAGUGCCAAUAAGUUAAAGGUCAAGGUAGCAGUGACCUUGUUUUCACUGGAUAACAGGAGAAGAAUUUCUUCAACAGUGACCAGACGUUGUCGGUCUGUAGAUGACGUCUAUUAUUUCAAGGUCAUUAAAUCAAAGUUAAUUAGCACAGUGACAUAGGCACUGAAAUAUGUUUGUGCUAAAUAUCUAGAGAGUGUUUUGGCCUACAGUGGUCAAAUUUUACAGCAUGAUUGCCUUUGACCAGUUAAAACACCAUUUCUUUUUGGGGUCAUUAGGUCAAAAUCAAAGUGACAUUAAAACGAAAAAUGGUUUCUGAUCAAUACCAAUGGAACUCUUGGUUUUUAUGUCUUCAAACUUUUCUAACAUGACUGUUUUUAGUCAGUAUUUGACUUUUACAGUUUUUUGGGGUCAUAAGGUCAAUAGUCACAUUUUAGUUGGGACUAAAAAUCACACCCCAGCCACCUCUGAUUGGCCAUUCUAGGAAGGUUAAUGUGUUAAUGAUAUUGUUAUCAUUUGAAAGAAUUGCGUUGUUAACAAUUUUAUAUUUAUGAUAUAAUGCAGUUUAUUGUACAAAAGUUUUUAUAUUCAAAAUUUAACGAUAUACAGAUCUACAAAUGUGUUGAGUACUAUGCAGUUUCCUUUGUGUUGAACAUGCAGAAAUAUUAUUUUAUCUGAACUUAUCUUUUGUUGUGACAUCAGUUGAAUAUUGUUUAAUGUUAUUGUACCCCUCGACAACAAAGUUGUAAGGGGGGUAUACUUAUCUUUUGUUGUGACAUCAGUUGAAUAUUGUUUAAUGUUAUUGUACCCCUCGACAACAAAGUUGUAAGGGGGGUAUACUGGUUUCAGGUUGUCUGUCUGUCCGUCCGUCCGUCCGUCUGUCUGUCCGUCUGUCCGUAGACACAAUCUUGUGCGCACCAUCUCUCCUCAUCCCCUUGACAGAAUUUAAUGAAACUUCACACAAGUGAUCAGUGACAACAUAAGUUGUGCAUGGGACAUGUUAGGUUCUUUCAGAAAAAAAAUUGCAGAGUUACAGGACUUUGUUUUUUGUUACUAUACUAUAUACAUAGACACAAUCUUGUGCGCACCAUCUCUCCUCAUCCCCUUGACACAAUUUAAUGAAACUUCACACAAGUGAUCAGUAACAACAGUAGUUGUGCAUGGGACAUGUUAGGUUCUUUCAGAAAAAAAUGUGCAGAGUUACGGGACUUUGUUUUUUGUUGCUAUACUAUAUACAUAGACACAAUAUUGUGCGCACCAUCUCUCCUCAUCCCCUUGACACAAUUUAAUGAAACUUCACACAAGUGAACAGUAACAACAGUAGUUGUGCAUGAGGAAUGUUAGGUUCUUUCAACAACAAAAAUUGCAGAGUUAUGGGACUUUGUUUCUUGUUAACAUACUAUGUACAUACAGUCUGCAUAUGCAAUCUUGUGCGCGCCUAAUCUUCCGAACCCUUGCACACAAUUUAAUGAAACUUCACAUGAGUGAUCAGUACCAACCCUAGUUGUGCAUGGUGCAUGUUACGCUCUUUAAGAUAAAUAUUCUGCAUAGUUAUGGGAUUUUGUUUUUUGUUACUAAACUGUAUACAUACAGUCUAUAUACAUACAGCCCACAUCUUUAUGCAAUUUUGUGUGCGUCAAAUUGCAAUGUACUGUGUCAGUGCAUGCGGGGGGUACAUUCAUCACCUUUAGUGAUAGCUCUAGUUCUGUUUGUUUUUGUGCUAUAUCAUUUUUAUACUACCAUUAUUCCCAUGAAAUGGGGCUCGGGUGACUCUAGUUACCUCCCCUGACGGUCCGUCCACAGACUGAAAUGAAAUGAAAGUGAAAAUUACGUCACAAAUUCGACUAAUAUCAGACUGAAAUGGAAUUAAUGCGAUAAUUACGUCACAAAUUCGACUAAUAUCAGACUGAAAUGAAAUUAAUGUGAUAAUUACGUCACAAAUUCGACUAAUAUCAGACUGAAAUGAAAUUAAUGUGAUAAUUACGUCACAAAUUCGACUAAUAUCAGACUGAAAUGGAAUGAAAGUGAUAAUUGUGUCACAAGUUUGACUUGCGUGUGGCGUGCGUAUCCAUUCAAACUGUCAGCUCUCUGAGAUGAGCAGUCCAUACAUGUAUAUGUUCACCAAACGUGUUCAUAGUGUUUAUGGCAUAAUAUCUGAGAAAUUUUGAUAACCAUUCAGAUCUUCCAAGUCUCCUGAGAUAUGCUUCUCAACUUGCUUAAGAUUGAUAUUGCCUACUCUCUUGAGCAUGUUGAGGAGCUCUUAUCCGGUGUUCACCAAAGUUAAUCAGACCAAGCUGGAAAGUCUUAGUCCUCUUUGAGUUAUAGCACUUAAAUAACUGGAAAUUGUGAAAAUUCAAACUGCUCGGCCUUUAAUGCAGUUUUCAACAAUUUUCAACACACAAGGUCACAUUGUUUUAAGAGUGAAGUAUUUCUGCUGGAAAAACUGCUGGAUUGUCCUAGUCACUUUGGAGUUUAUAUAUAUCUCUAUAUAAAACCUAUGCCAAUUUCAAUAACCAGUCAGAUUGGAUUAGCGUCUUUAGAGUUAUGACCUUUUUAAUUCAUCAGAAUUACGAAAAUUGAUAGUGCUCUUUCAGUUACUAGUCUAGUUUUUUCUUAGAUGUCUCAACCAUAUUUGGAAACCCACACGCUUAGCUCAGCUGGGAGAGUAUAUGUAUAUAACAUCAUGUACAUGAAAUACUAGUCACAAUCCAGGACUCUAGUUACCUCCCCUGACGGUCCGUUCACAGAACAUAUCAGACUGAAAUGAAAUGAAAGUGAUAAUUACGUUACGAGUUGGACUAAUAAAAUACAUACAAUAAAUAGACAAUUAGACAAAAAGAGCAAAAAAGCUUGGUGUAACAGCUUCCAUAUAGGAGGUUAGACAGUUAAACAACGUUAUUAAUUAUGGGAUUUCUUACAGUAAGAGCUUCUUUUACAAUGAUAGUUUCACAAGAAUAUUUUUAUCAGUUGAUCUUAACAGUUGUAAAUACUUAUAAACAGACGGACGGAUGGAGUAAAAGUUACUUAUAUAUUUUCCUCGAAUAUCAGUUUAUGCGGGACAAAUACAUACGAAAUGAUAUUCGUCUUCUAUAUCAACACUGUUGCAAAUCAAACAAUAUCUCUCUUCACGUGGUAUUCUAUUUCUAUCGAAUCUUCCAGUUUGUAUUCUAAGCGGAUGCACUCCAAUGGAAUGAGUCAAAAUCUUUUGUAAAAAACAUUAUUCCAUCGUCAUACAUUUGUUAUUUAGUGAUUUCGGCUUGUUUACGAUUUAAGAAAUAAUGUAUCUGUAGAAAAAACCGUGUUUUAACGUUUUUAAUACACGGAAAGAGCAUAUACGUCCGCGGAGUAAUUUCACAAGGGCGUAGCCCGAGUGAAUUAUUCUGGCGGCGUAUAACCAAUUUUGAGUGUAUUAAUUUAGGUAAAACACGAUUUUGUUAUACAUUAUUUUGAUUCUAAUAUGCCCUUAAUCUAAAACAGUAGAUAAAAUAUUGUAGCACUCUUUUUUGGUCGCAGCGAAUACAUUGACCUAAUCACACGUUAACGUGUCGUCAUUUUAGCGUAAGCUUGUUUUAGCUGAAACAAGCAUGUUAGAUUCUAUGAUAAACUUACUUAUGUACUUGCAAUGUGUGUUUGAUAUUAUUUUCGACUAUUGUAAUUGGUAUGACUGCAUAAAAAUAAAAUGUGAAGGUAUAUUUAUUUAUGUGAGCUAAUUGUAAACUAUCAGUUAAAUAUAUAAACAGAAAAUCGAA